AUGAAUCGACCUCAUGUCUUCAUCGAAGUCACUCAAGGCAGCGAGAAUCUAGGCAGGAUAAUCGUGGAGGUGUUUGAGGACCAGGCCCCACUGGCUGCACGCCACCUGAUAAACAGGUGCCGUGAGGGCACCACGGAUACCCUCCAGCACACCUAUGUGCACCGCCUGCUGCCCGACAUGGCCAUGUUCUUUGGCACCUCACGUGGGUACAAGGGUGCUGGUGUGCGUGUGCGACGGUACAAUAGGCUGCACCACAACCAUGCAGGGGUGGUGUCGCUCUCGGGCGAUGGCUCUGAAGUGGUGGGGCGAGUGCACAGGGGACUGGAAACUCUGGAGAAGGUGAAUGAGGCUGCCACAGACCCAGAUGACAUUCCCCUGCAGAGGAUAAGCAUCACUUCCUGCGGUCUCACCGAUGCACAGGGCACGCAUGAGUCGCUGGAGGAAGCAGCUAGGAGGGAAGCGGAGAGGAAGGAGACCCCUCAGCAGGCUGCAGCAAGGCUGCAUGCAGAGAGCAGACAAGCCAGAGAUUCCGUCAGGGAUGCACUGGAGACUGGCAUGCAGCAGAGGAGGAAAGCUGGGGAAGGCGCUGGUGACAGGCAGCCGGCCUUAAAGCGCACCAUGCUGGCUGAUGUGCUUGGUGAUUCCAGCGACGACGACGAUGAAUCAGAACAAGAUGAGCCAGGAAGCUAG